AUGUCUGGCCGGCUUUAUUGGUUAAUGACAAAGUCGAAGCUCGCGCAGCUUCCUGUAGUUAAGAAGAGCAAGGGAUCAUGGGUAGAAAACAUUUGCUUCUGGGCCACUCCGUGUAAUGUUUGCAGUAAGGAAAAAAUGAACGUUGUAGCUACCGUUGAAGUUUCUUGGGUGAAGAGAGAAGAGUCAGAAGAGCUACUUUUGCAUAAUUAUGAAAAUACUUCUACUGUUAUCUCUCACGAAAGUGGAGCUUUACGAGACAUCCGGGUAUUUUUACUUUGGGUCUUUGUUUUACUUGGACUUUUAGGAAAUAGCUUGAUGCUAAAUUGGCUUUGGACACAUCGAAAACAAAAAACUCGAAUGGUUCGACUUUUUGGAAAUCUGGCAUUAGCCGAUGUCUUGGUGACUUUAUGCGGAACCCUUCCGCUUCUUGUUUUAGAAUAUCUCGGUCCUUCUUGGCCUGCAGGUGAAAUCCUUUGCAAGCUGUUUCAUUUUCUUCUGGGAUUCAGUUGUUGUGCUAGUAAUUACAUGGUAGUCCCCAUUGCAUUUGACAGGUGUAGAGCAGUGAAACGACCUCUGGCACUUCGUACUAAGGUUUCUCGUUUAACAGCAUUCAGCUGGAUCACCUCCCUGAUAAUGAAUGUUCCUAAUUUUAUAUUUUAUCGAGUAGUGGAUGAAGACAAGCGGACAGUGUGCCGAAAUAUUGUAUUUGAAUGGCCUAUAAUAUAUAUUAGAAUUUUUUUAACUGGACUGUUGGUUUGUGUUUACGUUAUUCCAUUAAUUGCAAUAAUAAUUUGUAACAUCCUGGUUUGUCGUCAAAUAAGGAAGUCAUUUGCAGUGUAUCGCUAUGACAACGAAAAAUGUCAUGGAAAUGUUUCAAAGGUUAGUUCUCUUGGAUUAUGUUUCAGACAGUUUCGUACUUCGACUUUUCAUGGCGCAGAAAUUAGAGCUGUUAAAUUAACUGUUGCAAUAAUUCUCAUAUUUCUAUUGUGUGAGGCGCCAUUUUGUGUCCUUCAGCUCAUUCGAGUGUAUGGACAUCUUCAGGAUUCAUCCGGUGAAACGUAUUCCAUUCUUCCUGUGUUCGCUAUCUCCAAUUCUUCUAUUAUGCCUUUCGUGUUUCUUGUUUUGUAUGCCAAAUUUCCUUUUUUUACAUCAAGCAGCCAAAGUUCGAGGAAGGAAAACAGCCAUAGGGUUUUCAUUCGGGAUUAUAUUUAACAGUUUCUAAUUUCACUUCAAUUAAUUUCUAAAAAUACGUCUUAUAUAAAAUGCCUUGUUUCUUAUUAUCUUACGUAUUUCUAAACC